AUGAGAAUUAAAACUGAGACUAUGGUUGGCGAUUUAGAAGAUGAAAAUAAUGUUGAAAUAGCGUGCGAUAUUAAAAACGAUGAGUACAGUAGUUAUUUUGAAAAAAGUUACGUUCCAAAAGUAUUGAUAACAACAUCCGAUAAUCCUCUAUCGAAAACGAGAAGGUUUUGCAAAGAAUUGACAAGGAUUUUACCAAAUUCGAUAGCAAAAUACAGGCAUAGAAUGAGUGUUAAGAAAAUGGUUAAAGCCGCUACUGAAAGAAAUUUUUCCGAUAUAAUAAUAGUAAAUGAAGAUCAAAAGCAACCGAAUGGUUUAUUAUUGAUUCAUUUACCAGAUGGGCCCACGGCUCAUUUUAGAUUGUCUAAUGUGAGACUUUCCAACGAAUUAGGAAAACAUUACAAACAAAUUUCUAAACAUAGGCCUGAAGUUAUACUAAAUAACUUUAAUACAAGAUUAGGUUAUUCAAUAUCGAGAAUGUUGGCAGCUUUAUUUCACUAUGAGCCUGAAUUCAAAGGUAGAAGAUGUGUUACAUUUCAUAAUCAAAGAGAUUACAUUUUUUUCAGACAUCAUAGAUAUAUGUUCACAGAAAAUGCUAAACCCAGGUUAAUGGAAUUAGGACCUAGAUUUACAUUAAAAUUAAGAUCUUUACAAUUAGGUACGUUUGAUUCUAAAACGGGGGAAUAUGAAUGGAUUAUUCAAGGUAGAAGACAUGAAAUGGAAACUAGUCGAAGAAAAUUCUUUUUGUAA